CCAAAGCGCUUGCCCUAGAUCUCCGAAAAGGCAGCAUCGCAUUGCUGGGGUUUUUCUUUGCGAUCGAUCGAUCCCAUCCAUUUGGGGUGUUCCAAGAAGAUAGGAGCCAAGGUUGCCAAGAUUUUCUCUCGAUAUUUCGUGGCGAGCUCCUAGCAGCUCGAUCCAAUGCCUGUUCUGUGAGGGAUCGGCCGAUCGAUCGCUCCAUCGGCAAUGGCGGCGGCAUCUUGCUUCGGCGAUUACGGCGUGGAGGUGAGUAGCGAUCAUUCAGCGGCGGUAUCGCUGGGCAGGAAGGCGGCGGCGAUGAAUCAAAACUCCGUGUCGUGCUUGUACCGGACCAAGCUCGCGGGCCAAUGCCGGAUCGUCACAGUCACCUGGUCCAAGAACGUCAUCGGCCAGGGCUUGAAUGUGGGUGUGGACGAUGGAAAGUUUGGCUGCAAGGUGGAGCUCCGGCCAUGGCUCUUCUGGAAGAAGCACGGAUCCAAGCGCUUCGAGCUGGGGAAUCGCCAGGUCGAGGUGUUCUGGGACCUCUCCUCGGCCAAGUACUCGCCGGGAGGGGGCCCCGAGCCAGUGGCGAGCUUCCUGGUGGCCAUUGUGUGUGAGGAAGAGAUCGUUCUCCAGUUGGGCGAUCAGCACCACCCGGGCAAGGGCCUGAGCAGCAGCAGGGAGGCCUGGAAGAGGCUGCGCGCUGCCAAGCCGGCUUCGAUCAAGGCGAGCUUGCUCUCCAGGCGAGAGCACCUCUACGGAAAGAAGUUCUUCGCCACCAAGGCUAGCUUCUGCGAGGGUGGUGAGCUCCACGAAGUGAUCAUCGAGUGCCCGACGCUGGGAGCGGGCAGCCAUAGAGGCUGCGGUCACGGAGAUAGCGAUCACGGCGAUGGCGAUGGCGACGACUACCACCAUAGCCGGAAUGGGAACAGUACCAGCGCAAGUGGCAGCAGUGGAUUGAGCUCCGGCUCGAGCAACAGCAGCGGUCACAGUAGCAGCAGCCGGAGUAGCAGUGCCAAGCCGAGCCUCAAGGAGCCGAGGCUUUGCAUCAGGAUCGACAGGAAGGUGGUGGUCCAGGUGAAGAGAUUGGCGUGGAAGUUCCGGGGGAAUCAGACCAUCGUCAUCGAUGGUCAGCAGGUGGAAGUUUUCUGGGAUGUUCACAACUGGUUGUUUAGUGGUGGUGGCAACGCUCCUGCGAAUUCCGCGGUGUUUAUGUUCCAGAUGUGUUCUUCAAGUGGAGAGGAGAUCAAGCAGCCAUGGCUGAGCCAACAGCAGCAGCAGCGAGAUUCUUCCACAGGUUUCUCAUUGUUUUUAUACGCUUGCAGGAACGAUUGAUUUGACACAGGGGAAUCACUGGCGCUCACUCGAUUCUCCAGCUCCUCAUGUUCUUCUUUUUAUUCUUUUGGAGGAAUUCAUCCAAAGCAAAUAUAUUAGAAAUAUAAGAACAAUUCAAUAGUAACACAAGAACAAGUGUGUGCCACCUUUCUGGGAUCAUAUGCUUUUGUUUCUCACCAUAAACAAAGCUUGCUCGUGUC